AACUAAAUUAAUAACGUUAAAAAGUCUCUUUUUGCUUUUAGUUUAAUUGAAUCGAAAAAAGUGAAAAAUGGCCGACGACGCUGAGAAAGUUUUGUACAGUAAACUGGAGUCUAUUGCCAAGGAACAAGGGUAUGAGAAUUACACAACAGAUGUCCAUGAAUUCAACACCGGCGGUGCUAACUACACCUCGCGUCUAUACCACAUUACUUUAUCUGCACCAGGUUGCCCAGAUCUCAACGUGUUCGCUAAAGUAGCGCUGCUCAGUGAAAAGAUGAGAUCAAAAUUUCCGGUAGAGUUGUAUUCCAAUGAAAUUCUUUAUUAUUCUGACAUUCUCAAACGAUUUCAUGAGUUUGAAGAGAAUUAUAAUAUCGAUACGAAGCACAGACUACGUUCCAUCAAAUGUUACGGAUACAGCAAUGAGUAUUUGAAGGAAAAUAUAGUAUUGGAAGAUUUGACAUCCAAAGGCUUUACCACUUUGGACAGGUUUCUGUGUGUAGACUGGAAGUACGCGUCACGCGCAGUCACCGAGCUGGCCAAGUUCCACUCACUGUCCAUCGCUUUCAGACUCAAACAUCCAGAGGAAUUUGAGAAUUUCAAAGAAAAGUUCCCUGUAAUCUUUAAUGAACAUCUAUUGAAAGACUUUUUUGAUAAUCAUGCGUCAAAAACCAUCGCUGCGAUUAAAGAAGAAAAUCGUCAACGACUUGCAGAUUAUCUGAAAUCACAGGACUUUAACUUUUCUAAAAUACCUAUACGAUGCCCGGUAUUAGUACACGGUGACUUCAGGCCCAGCAACAUAAUGCACAAAGAAAACGAGGAUGGUGAACUAGAGCUCUUUCUACUGGACUAUCAAGGAUUCCAGAUAUCUAGCCCCUUGAUGGAUUUAAUGUACUUUGUAGUUAUAUCAACUGACAAAGAAUUUCGUUCAAAACAUUAUCAUCAACUUCUAGACCUUUAUUACUCUGAACUAAGCAGUAGUCUGAAAAGAUUACAAGUGGAUCCUGAAACUGUGUACACAAAGGAUGACUUUCAGCACGAUGUAAAAUUGUUUGAACCAUACGGUGUUAUAAUUGGUACUCUCAUAUUACCUACUAUGUCGGUUUUUGUGGAAAACGCUCGGAAUAUAGAGAACACUGAAGAUGCUAACAUGUUCGAGAUAGAUCCCUGUGAGACAGGCUCUCAAAGACUCAACGACCUUAUCGACGAUUUUGUGAAACUCGGCGUCCUCUGAAUGACCUUUGUUUUCUUAAAAAUGCACUAAUUUGUUAAAUCUUAGAUGGAAAUACAUAACUGAAACUAGUCUUUAAAGACGAAUUUUAACUGACUAAAAUGACUUUCAUUGUAUC